CGGCUGUUCAGCGUUGCUAUUGGCAACGCGUUUGCCUGGUUCUGGUUGUCAAGCGUUGCAUAGGGCGUUUCUGCCUAACAUUCGCGUUAAACGGGGAAGUUUGGUUCCGUAUCACAGCGUGUACAGACAGUGACUCCCUUCAGGUGUCUCGGUGGAUGUUCACACAGCUCAUAUCUGUUCACUAAAGCAGACAGUUGGCGUGCUAAUAAGUCGUGUUAGCCAAUUAUCCGGCUGGCUAACGUUAGCACGUCGAGCUAAUCUCCUUGCCUCGGAUAGUUAAUCCCAGUCUCACUUCACCGUUGUUGCCGUCCUGUAACUCGGAUGGAUUUUGGCUGAAGUGAACUGCAACUAAUGAUCCCUGCGGUUUUAUGAGCGGACAACCUGUUUUCCUCCUAAAAUAAGACAUCCAGUGAAGAAAGAAGAAGAUGGAGAUCCACCUAAAUCGAGUUGAUUACAUGCAGGUUGGUGUUACAUCCCAGAAAACUAUGAGGCUGCUUCCAGCAUUGGGGAAAAAAGCAACCCAAAAGGUUGCUAUUGCUGAUCAUGAUGGUAUCCUGACGUGUUUUGGGAUGAAGAAAGGAGAAGCCGUGCCUGUGUUUAAAACACUUCCAGGACAGAAAAUAAGCAGAAUGGACCUUGGAGGAGCUUUGGGAACGCCACAGGAGAAGAUCUUUGUUUGUUCUGGUUCUCAGGUCCGAGGAUUCACCAAAAAGGGCAAACAGUUCCUCACAUUUGAAGCCAACCUCACAGAGAGCAUUAACGCAAUGCAUGUCUUAGGCGCUGACCUUUUUGUGUGUGCAAGUUACAUCUUCAACCACUACUGCGACUGCAAGGACCAGGACUACUACCUCUCUGGAGACAAAAUCAAUGAUAUUAUAUGUUUGUCCUCAGAAAACCUGACUCGCCUUGUCCCGGUCUUGGCGUGCCAAGAUCGAGUUCUCAGAGUCUUGCAGGGAUCUGAACUUGCCUAUGACAUUGAAGUCCCUGGUCCUCCAUCUGUCUUGGAACUGUACAACAAAGAUGGAGGAGAGGAAAUCCUCUACGGAACUACAGAUGGUAAAAUAGGAUUGGUCCAGAUCGGUGAGAAUUCAGCUGCAACCAAAUGGGAAGUUGAUAAUGACAAAAAGAAAGGAGGAAUUCUGUGUAUUGACACGUACGAUAUCAUUGGAGACGGAGUGAGCGACAUCCUGGUGGGAAGGGACGAUGGGACAGUUGAGGUCUAUGGUUUUGACAGCGCCAGCGAGCCCACAUUACGCUUUGAGCAUGUUUUGUCUGAGAGCGUGACUUCCAUCCAGGGUGGAUGCGUGGGGAAGGAGUCCUGUGAUGAGGUCCUGACUGCCACGUACACAGGAUGGGUGACUGGUUUGACCACUGAGCCCCAGAAGGCUGAGGCUGGCCCUGGUGAUGAGGUCAAGAUGAGUAAGGAGAUCCAAUCCAAAGUAGAAGCACUCAGGGCAGAGCUGGAGCAGCUGCAGGUGAAAGUCCUGCAGGGCCGUGAGCAGUACCAGCAGACCUCCCAGUCGAGCACAGCUGUCUCUGCCGUGCCCGUGUUCAGCAUCAAUGACAAGUUCACCCUCUGCCAGGACGAUGCCAGCUACAGCCUCACUCUUGAGGUGCAGACUGCCAUCGACAAUCUGCUGCUCCAGAGCGACGUCCCCAUAGACCUGCUGGAUGUGGAUAAGAACUCGGCUGUUGUCAGUUUCAGUGAAUGUGAUUCAGAGCAGCCUAAUGGGAACUUCCUCCUGGCCACAUACAGAUGUCAGGCUAACACUACCAGACUUGAGCUCAAGGUGAGGUCCAUCGAGGGACAGUAUGGGACCUUGCAGGCUUACAUUACCCCGAGACUGCAACCCAAGACAUGCCAGGUCCGCCAGUACCAGAUCAAACCUCUGUCCCUCCACCAGCGGACCCACAGCAUAGACCAAGACAGGCCCAUGAACAGGCUCAGCCUGAUGGGACAGUUCAGUUUUGCUGAGAUCCACUCCUGGGUGGUCUUCUGUUUGCCGGAGGUGCCUGAGAAAACACCAGCAGGAGAGAGCAUCACUUUCUAUUUCCAUAACACUUUUCUUGGGACACAGCUUGAAGCCACCUACUGCAAAGGAGAGGGUCACUUCAGAUCUGACAACAUCUCUACCAUCUCCAUACUGAGUGAUGUUCUGUCUAAAGAAGCUACCAAGAGGAAAAUCAAUCUCAACAUUUCAUAUGAUAUCAGUGAUGACUCUGUGAGCCACACCCUGAAUAUGAUACAUCCAAAGCUGGAGUACCAGUUGUUGUUGGCUAGAAAGGUUCAGCUUAUCGAUGCACUCAAAGAGCUUCAGGUUCACGAGGGGAAUGCCGACUUCCUCAUCCCAGAGUAUCGCAACAUCUUGGAUGAGUCUGCUAAUCUCCUCGAGGAGUACAAGAAGCAACCAGCGCACCUCGAGAGGCUUUAUGGAAUGAUCACAGACCUCUUCAUUGACAAAUUCAAGUUCAAAGGACAGAAUGUGAAAACCAAGGUGUCCUCAUUGCUGGAGAUACUUGAUAAUUAUGACUUAAAUUCUCUGUUAAACUUUUUUAAUGAGGUAUGAUGAUAUGUACAUCAGAGGGUAUUUCAUUACAUGUCUUUAUUUGUGCUAUUUUUGUAUUGUAAAUGCAGCAGUUCUGUUUUAUGUUAGCUCCUAGCAUUGUCUUUCAUGUUGCCAUACUGUUCUGUAGAUACUGUUUGUCCUAACUAUGGUGUACAAUAUUUAAAUAUUCAUAAUGUCUUUUGAUAGCAUUUAAAAACGAGAGUGGUGAUUAAUAAACCACUAUAAAGUUGUCACAAUAGUGCAGUUUCCUUGUUUUUUUAUUAGUGGCUAAGCCUUGGUUGAGGUUUGAAAAUUUCAGUGACGGAAUACAAGCCAGUUAAAAGCACAGACUGUAUGUUUUUAUAUCAUACUUAUUCUAGAACUGUGAGUUCCCCCUCUUGAAAUAAAACUUAGAGCUUAUUUGUCA